AUGCUCUCAUUUCGCAACCCCUUCGUCACUAGCACGAGCAAAAAGAGUGUCGAGACAAGCCGAAAGGAGCCGCAUGGUUUAUUCGUGCUGUACCCGACGCCAGAGGACAAGAUAGACAGCAAAUGUCUGGAGGCAGACAUCGUCGCAGUCCACGGCCUCAAUGGCGACGCACGCAAAACAUGGACGGACCCCGAGAGCGGAAGCUUUUGGCUGGAAGAGUUCCUGCCCGAGAGGGCCAAGACGGCCAGAAUCAUGACGUUUGGUUACGACUCCAAAUUGGCAUUCAGCAAGUCAAAGGCCGGGGUGGAGACGUUCUCCAGAGAGCUGCUGGGCAAGCUCAGGCUGGUUCGGAUCAGUUACGAGGCAGUCGUGAACCAGGCUCUAAUCAUGGCCUACAUGGAGCACGUCAACUAUGGCGACAUCUUGGACUCGACCAUCGGCAUCGUCUUUAUGGGCACACCUCACCGGGGAUCCGACCUGGCUUCGUGGGGACUAAUGGCCACGAACCUCGUCAACGCGGCAAGCCUUGGGAUGGGGAUCAACAAAGAGCUGCUAAAGACUUUGAAGGCUGAUUCGGAAAUGCUGGCUGGCAUCUCCACGCAGUUUGUGCACCGCGCGACCCCGUUGAAGAUUAGGACUUUUACCGAGCAGCAGGUGGAACGCCCACUGACGACUCUGGUCGUUCCCGAGAGUUCUGCCAUCAUCGGCCUGCCCAACGAGAUUGUGCUGCCUUUAAAUGCCAACCACCGCAGCAUGUGCCGGUUCGCAUCUUCCGAUGGCCAAAAUUACAAAAUCGUCGAGGAGACCAUCAUGGAGAUUUUGUCAGGUUGCAACAAGGCUGAACUUCGGUACCCCCUGCUGAUGGGUGCCAUCCUCAUCCCCGUGGUCGGUCUAACAAUCAGGCAAUUGGCUCUGUGUGAAACAGAUCUCAAGGAAUACCGAGAUUUCAUUGCCCACGGCGGCAAACGUGAAUCCAUCGAGCACAACUGGGUUGACAAGUUCACGAGCCGCGUCGAGGUUACCCACGGGCGACCCUGCGCCAACCCGAAAAAGGGCUUCAAGAUAAACAUCGAUCAGCCCAUAGCAGCCUUUUUCGGCAGAGCUUACCCCAGACCGCUGCAGGCUCUGAGGAAGUCUGUCUUGCCAAACGCCAGCGGUUAUGGGGACUUGAAGCCCACGGUAUCAUCAGACAGCAUCAUUGAGUUUGGUCGCGACAUGGACGUGCCCGAUCUUGCGAUAUCGUUUAUGCGCACCGCCCGGCUGCCGUGGUGCGAUGAGACAUAUCAGCUACCGCCAGCCUCGGGGUCAUUUCCCCUUUUUGACGUGCAAAAGUUUGCAGGCAGAAUGACGGACUCGAUGGCUACUCAGGGUGGCAUAUUCAUGCCAAUAUAUCAAAUGGAAGCUAUGUGGAUCAACUUUGUCAAACUCGGACACGAGACAUGCACAAAAUUCGCCGUGCGGCCUUUUGUCGGUGGUGUCAACACCAUCUCCGGCCAGGCCCUCCACUGCGCCACAAUGGACGCCGUUUUGCCCAAGAAGAGGUUGCUGUCCAAAAAGCAGGAUUAUCUCGUGUCGCCAGACCAGAAGAGGCUGGACGGCACCUCGGUCGAGCCCGGAGUCGUGCGGCAGUUUGUAGCUACAGAGAUGGUGUCGGCUUCGCGCAAGGAUUACUUGGCGGCAAAGGAGGCCGAGUCUGAAGACGGGCGCCAAGACGAGCGCCAAGACAAGGAGACACCCGCAGGCGCGUCUGUCGAAUGGCAAGUGACAGGAAACGACGAGUUUGGUGGAUUGCAGCUCCAAAUAAUACCCACGCACGAUGUUCAGAGCAUGCAUGCCGGCUCCGAGGAGAACAAUCUCUUUCUGAGGGGAGAGGGCUCACGGCGAUAUGACGUCCUCAAGACACCUAGAGAGCACGGCUUGGUGGCUGGGAACAUCAUCCACAUCAAGGAUCUCAAGAGUGUUCUUCCCCGCAGACGAAAGACGCUGUCAGACCUUGUUGAUGAGCUUCCGGCGGAUGGGCCAGCAGGUAGAGACGGGAUCAUGACCGAGAUCGAAGUUGCGGGAAACUCUGCAAUUCUCGAAACGUUUGACAUAAAAGAGCAGGGAGAUGGGGGUAGCAAGCUCAGUCUCCAGUUUGACACCAACGAGGAAUUCCAAAAAGUCGAGGCCGUGAUGAUAAGCAAAAUGGGGUACCAAGACAGUAAUGUGCUCAUCUUUUGCGUUUGGAAAAGAAGAAACAGAAAGCCCGGGAUCGUCCGGGUCCAAAGUUGGGGAGACGUACGCAGCGGCACUCCUCGUAUCGAGCCACAGACAGGACAGGCGUCGUCAAGGAAGAUCUGGGACAUUAUAACUGUGCCAAUCGGCUCCACGCCCGAAAGCGACUACAUCCUCGAGGUCGGCAUGGCACCCUGGAACAGCGCGGAGCACACAAAAGCCACGACGCCAGCUAGAUUUUGCAUGAUUUUGAGCUCGGAAAGCACCAUGGGCCACCUGCGCGGCGAGCUCCAACAGUUUCUCGGUCCUCGGGUGGACGAUGCUGCUUUCAAGGUCGCCGGGCGGUUUUGGGUUUUUACCGACACUCUGGAUGACGACGUGCAGCUCAAGACGGCUGAGCCUAAGGCUGGUGAGUUCGUCUGUAUUUGCAGGGGCGCGUCGACCAUAGGCCGCAUAGACUUUCUCGCCGGCCCCGGUGUAGACAGCAGCAAGGCCUGCAGGUUGGAUAGAGGUUAUCGGGACGAUGACCCACUCCUGGGUGAUGCUGGUCAGAUGGGUUUGGCGCAAAGCUUUCCCUACCAAGAUGGCCAUUCAGGUUUCUGUAGGCCAAAGUUCAGCGGGGCCGAUUAUUCGGGCCAUUCAGAACUACGGCACGAACCCUAUUACGCCGCUUUACCUGCCGCCUCGUAUUCUCCGGGCCAUCCCGCCGCACCUCAUUACCACGGCGAGGUCAGCCACCGCAGCGAUGAUAGACGCCACAGACACCACAGCCGCCGCAGAGAUGAUAUCCAAGUCCAGCACGAGGACAUGACUUACAACAUUGACGUUCCGCCACACUCUCGGGAGCAAAAUGUAUGGUUCGUCAAGCUUCGACUGUUCGCCUUGACCGGCAUACAGCCACGCCACCAAGUGCUGCAGAGCACAGGCAGGCCUCUGGCGGACACAUGGCUGCUCAAUCACUUUGUUGGAGGACCUACACUCAGCCUCACAACUCAGCCGCCGACAUGCCCGGCAGCUUUGGGCGUCGGGGCCGGCGGCAAGAUCGAACAGCACAUCGAGCCCGACUACGACAACCCCCGGAUCUGGGACGUGGGCAGCUCCAAGAUCUUAAACGUGCAGCUGCUGGACGCCCACACCUUCAAGACGGUCACGGGUCAGGACCCGCCGCCGACGCCUCUGAGCCCGGAGAGGUACGCCGAGCUGGGCCUGGCGUUUGAGAAGGCGUGGAGGGACGAGCUAAAGGGCCCUGGCGUCUCGGGGAGGGCAGAGGAUGGAACGUGGGGCGGCGUGUCGUCGCUCCAGGGGCCCAUGGAGGUCGCUGCGGGGAAUGCGGGCGUGCAGAUCCCGGCUGCGGACGAGCUCGACAGCGGCGAGGGUUCAAGUGCUGGUCCUGGUCUUGGCGCAGUCAGUGGCGGGUUCUUUGAGACGGCUGCAGACUUUCCGGUCCUCCUCGAGGAUGUGGAUGACACCGUGUCGCAGUUCAAGAGUGCGAUGGAGGCUGAUGUCGAAGACGAUUGGUCGGACUGA